UCUUUUUUCAGUCAGGCUCAUGGUACAAGUUUAAUGAUGAGGACAUUGUUAAGAUGCAGGGAAAGUUAAAACUGUCGCAAGAUGAAGAUUCUGCGGAUACCACCAUUAAGCCGGCUAAAAGACCCAAAUGUGCAAAAGGUUACCAUGUGUCCAAGAAUGCCUACACGUUGGUGUACACCCUCCAAGGACAUAAGGGUGUUGGGAGUGAGGAUGAUGAUGUUGAAGUUCCGUCUCAUGUGCUAGAGCUGGUAGCAACUGACAAUAGUCGGUUUGAACAUUGGGUUACGCAAGUCAAAGCAUUUCGGGCAAAGUUGGUCUCCAAAGGAAAGACAAGGCAAGCUGAGAUAAGAAAGCUAUAUCAGGACAUGCCAGUAACUUCGGGUAAGUUGAUCAUGGUUAGAACUCUCAUGUUUUCUAUGAUCAACAUACAGUCAUAAGAAGAUUGGGGAGCGCUUAGAGUACAAGACAUGUCAGUCACAGAAAAACGAUGUGUGUAAUUAAACAGCAGGUGACUACUUUGACUACUCCUAGUCCCAGAUUAACUUGGCUUUUGAUUGGUUAAGAAAGGGAAACCUUAUGUAAAGAUGCCAACAACUAAUCAAAGUUUUGCUGCUAGGCAACAGUCCAGCAACGACUUUUAGUAGAAUUCUACUGGUAUACUAACGCAAAUGCUGUAAUC